AUGGAUGACUUAAUGGCCGCAUCUUUACAUGGUCAUCAUCAAACGGUAGAACGGCUGCUCUUAAAUGGAAAUAAUGUACACACUCUGGAUGACGCAGGAUGGAAUUCUUUAAUGUUUGCAUGUUAUAAUGGCCAUGAUACAAUUGCUAAACUUCUAAUAGACAAAGGUGCAGACUUAAAUAUUAUUAAUAAAGAUGGAUUCGAUGUAGUUACGCUUGCAGCUCAAAAUGGACAUUAUUCGGUUGUAAAAUUAUUAAUUGAAAAGGGAGCAAAUUAUACUCGUGUUACUACAUGUGGAUGGAACGCAUUAAUUAUUGCAGCUUUAAAUGGUCAUUUUAACAUUGUAGAGCUUCUAAUGACAAAAGGGGUCAGCUUAGAUCAAACAGACAUAAAUGGAAUGGAUGCAUUAAUGAUUGCAUCCGAAAAUGGACAUUAUAAUAUAGUAGAACUUCUUUUGAAAGGAGGUGCAGAUGUUAAAGCAUUGCAAUCAGACAAUCGGAAUGCGUUAAUGAUUGCUAGUGUGAAAGGGCAUGAAACAAAUGUAGAAUUACUUUUAAAAAGUGGUGCUGAUUUAAAUCAAGUUGAUGCACAUGGAUGGGAUUCAUUAAUGAUUGCUUGUGAAUUUGGGCGUGAAAAAAUUGUAAAUUUACUUAUUCAACAUGGAGCUGAUGUUAACAGGGUCAACAAGAACAAAUGGACAACUUUGAUGAUUGCUUGUGAUAAAGGUCACUACAAAUGUGUCGAGUUACUCACGUCAUGUGACAUCGAUCCAUUAUUAUUCGCAUGUGUUCAUGGACAUGACAAAGUUUUAAAACUAUUAUUGCAACACGGAGCUGACAUAGAACCAACAAACACACGUGGAUGUGAGGCAGUAAUUACGGCUUGUAACAUGGGUCAUUAUAAAGUUAUUGAAUUACUUAUUGAAUAUGGUGCAGAUAUUGAUUUCACAGACAAAGAUGGCAAUACUGCUUUAAUGCACGCAACUAAAAGUGGAGACAUUCAAACUGUAAAGUUACUACUACAAAAAGGAUGUAAUUUAAACCAUUUAAAUAAAAGAGAUGAAAAUGCUUUAUCUAUAGCCUUCUCAGAAUUAAAUGUAAACAUUUUAGUCUUGCUACUUAAAUAUAAUGUAGAAGGAAAAACGCGGGGUUGUGAUGCAAUACUGACUGCCUAUAAAACAAAACAAUAUCAGAUCAAAGAGCUGUUAACGGUAUAUGGUGCCGAUUUGAGAAACAAAGAAAGCGAUGACUAUAAAGUUUUAAUGAGUGCCUUUAAAAAUGGACAUUUUAAAAUAUGUGACUUUCUUAUCAAAGUUGGAUUGGAUGUGAACAAUCACAAUCAUUUCAGUAUCGACAUUUUGAUGUUGCUGCUUGCAUUUGACAGACAAUUGAACAUAGAUUGUGUUACAAAAAAUGGCUGGAGCCCUUUAUUAUCCGCAUGUGCUCAUGGUCAUUACACACUUCUUGAACUCUUAUUACAACACGGAGCUGAGAUAGAUACAAUAAACACACGUGGAUGUGAGGCUGUAAUGACUGCUUGUAAAAAGGGUCACUAUAAAAUUAUUGAAUUACUUAUUGAAUAUGGCGCUCCCUUAACAUUUGUUGACAUUGAUGGUAACAAUGCUCUCAUGCACGCAGCUGAAAAUGGACAUACAGAAAUUGUAGAAUUACUUAUUCGAAACGGAUUCGAUUUAAACCAGCGUAAUAAAGACGGAUAUAAUGCUUUAUUUUUAACAUGCACCGAAUUACAUGUAGACACUUUAAAGUUGCUGCUUAAAAAUAACAUAGAUGUUAACUGUAUCGGAAACAAUGGUUUGAGCCCAAUGAUAAUGUCGUGUGUAUACGCUGAAUACAGAAUUCAAGAUAACAAUUCAAAUUGGUUAUCAAAAGAGAAAAAAGAAAAUAAUAAGCUGAGCAUCAAUAGUGAGCCGAUUAUCAGGCAUUGUCAAAACGAUCUUUACAGUAUCAUGCACUUACUUUUUGAAUAUGGUGCAGAUAUGGAUUUCACAGACAACGAAGGAUAUACUGCAUUAAUGCACGCAACUAAAAGUGGACACAUUCAAACUGUAGAGUUACUACUACAAAAAGGAUGUAAUUUAAACCAUUUAAAUAAAAAUGGAGAAAAUACUUUACUGAUUGCAUGUAGAGAAUCACAUAUCGACAUUUUAAAGUUGCUGCUUAAAUAUGACGUCGAUGUGAAUUGCACUGCAAAAAAUGGCUGGAGUCCAUUAUCAUUCGCAUGUGUUCAUGGACAUGACAAAAUUCUAAAACUAUUAUUACAACAUGGAGCUGACAUCGAUGUAAUUAACACACGUGGAUGUGAGGCAGUUAUGACUGCUUGUAAAAAGGGUCAUUAUAAAAUCAUUGAAUUACUUAUUGAUUACGGUGCUAAUAUGGAUUUGAAAGACAAAGAAGGAUAUUCUGCUUUAAUGCACGCAACUAAACGUGGACACGUUCAAACUGUAGAGUUACUACUAAAAAAAGGAUGUAAUUUAAAUCAUUUAAAUAAAAGAGAUGAAAAUGCUUUAUCUAUUGCCUUCAGAGAACUAAAUGUAGACAUUUUAGUCUUGCUACUCAAAUAUAAUGUAGACGUAAAAACGCGGGGAUGUGAGGCAGUAUUGACUGCCUAUAAAACACAUCAUUAUGAGAUCAAAGAAUUACUAACAGUAUAUGGUGCCGAUAUGAGCAACAAAGAAAGCGACGACUAUCAAGUUUUAUUGAAUGCAAGCAAAAACGGACAUUUUGAAAUAUGUGACUUUCUUAUCAAAGCUGGGUUGGAUGUGAACAAUAACAAUCAUCUUGGUUAUUGUCCAUUAAUUGCAGCAAUAAAAAAGGGGCAUACCCAAAUUGUUGAGUUAUUAAUAGAGAAUGAUAUGGAUUUCACAGACAGAGAUGGAUAUACUGCAUUAAUGCACGCAACUAAAAGUGGACACAUUCAAACUGUAAAGUUACUGCUACAAAAAGGAUGUAAUUUAAACCAUUUAAAUAAAAAAGGUGAAAAUGCUUUACUGAUUGCAUGUAGAGAAUUACAUAUCGACAUUUUAGAGUUACUGCUCAUAUAUGACGUCGAUGCGAAUUGCUCUGCAAAAAAUGGCUGGAAUCCAUUAUUAUUCGCAUGUGUUCAUGGACAUGGCAAAAUUCUAAAACUAUUAUUACAACAUGGAGCUGACAUAGAUACAAUAAACACACGUGGAUGUGAGGCUGUAAUGACUGCUUGUAAAAAGGGUCAUUACAAAAUUAUUGAAUUACUUAUUGAACAUAAGGCGGGUUUAACUUUUAUUGAUAUUGAUGGCAACAAUGCAUUAAUGCAUGCAACAAAAAAAGGACAUAUUGGAAUUGUUGAAUUACUUAUUCAAAGUGGUUGUAAUUUCAAUCAUGUAAAUAAAAAGGGUUUAAAUGUUUUACAAAUAGCCUGCAGAGAAUUACAUGUUGACAUUUUUGUGUUGUUGUUUAAUAGUCACAAAGACUUUCGUAAACGCAUUGCACAAGAUGGUUGGAGCCUAUUAUUAUUCACAAGUGUUUAUGGUUCUGAUAAAGCUUAUGAAUUAUUAUUCCAGGAAGGAUUGGGCAUUGAUGAAAUAAAUAAAAAGGAAUCAGCUGAAGCAAAGAUUUCACUUAAAAAAUGUCAUUUAAAAAUUAUAGAAGUUUUAAAAAAACAUAUCGAUGAUUUUAGUCGUACAGAUUGUGAUGGCUAUAAUGCUUUAAUGCAUGCAUCUAGAAAAAAACAUUUCAACAUAGUAAAAUUGCUGAUACAAAUCGGAGUGGAUUUAAAUAACUGUGAUAAUGAAGGAAAUAGUGCUUUAAUGCAAGCAACAAAAGACGGCAAUGUAAAUGUUGUUGAAAUACUGAUAAACAUGGGAUGUGAUAUAAAUUUUGUUAAUAUAUUUGGACAAAACGCUUUAAUGAUUGCUUGCCUAAAUAUAGAAUACAUAAUCGCAGAGAUGUUAAUAAAUACGGAACUUAAGAAAGAAAAACUUGUUGAUGACAAUUACAGAAAUGUACAUCUUUCGUAUGAGUCCCAGCGUAAAAUGUAUUAUACAAUAUUAGAAUCUUUUUUUAUCGCAGUAGAAAACCAGGAAUUAACUACAUUUGAAUAUAUUGCAAACUUUUAUUUUGAGAGUGGAAUUUCAAAAAUGUCGUUUAAAGAGAUGAGGCUUGUUCGACUGCUUUAUGAAAUAUGUAAGGAAUUGAACAGCAGUACAAUAAUUGCCUCUUGGAAAACAAAACCGGAAUUAAAUGUGAAUAGUCUAAAUCAAGACGUUUUCAAAAACAUAAAAAGGUCAAUGAUCAGCUUUUUAGCUACAUAUUUGAACAAGCUGCAUACUAAGAUUCCAACUGAGGAUUUGCUGCUAAGCAGUAUUUCUGAAGUGUUAGAAGAAUAUUCAUCUGUGAGAACAUUUUCCGCAUUGGAUUUCUACAGUCAGGGGCGUAACUACAAUGCCGCAAGUCACGGCAAUGAGGAAGAGAUGGGGGGAAAGGGAGCAGAGUUUCUAUCAGGCUUCCAGGAGGAUAUCUGGGCUUCUAUGAGAGCGUUGCGACACUUUAUUUUAAAGUAG